CGUAACUAAAGUCGACUCUCAGCGCGAAUCCUUUAAGCUUUCUUCAGAGCUCUCUCUCUCUCUCUCUCUCUCUCUCUCUCUCUCUCUCUCGUCUUCGACGAAGCUCCGUCCCAAUUUACAGGCGAGGAGAAUCGAUCAAUGGGAGAGACGGGGAAGCGGCAUCGUUCGCAGAGGGACCGUGAUUACGAUGGCGGGAACAAUAAUCAGAAGAGGCGUGUCAAUGACAGAGAGGACCGGGGUGGCGGGGGCGGCGGUGGAGGAGGAGGCGAUGAGGUGGUGGUGUACAGGAUUCUAUGCCCGGUUGGGGUUAUUGGGAGUGUGAUAGGGAAGAGUGGGAAAGUGAUCAAUUCGAUUAGGCAGGAUAGUAGGGCUAAGGUGAAGGUUGUGGAUCCAUUUCCGGGGGCGAAAGAUAGGGUUAUAACUAUUUAUAGCUAUGUUAGGGAGAAGGAGGAGGUUGAUGUUGAUGGGGAGUUCAGUAGCGACAGAGCGCCCUUGUGUGCUGCACAGGAUGCUCUAUUUAAGGUGCAUUCGGCGAUUUCCAACGCGUUGGCUGCUGCUGGGGAGUCGGAUAAGAGGGGGAGGGAUAAGGAAGAGUGUCAGAUUCUUGUCCCAGCUAGCCAGUGUGCUAAUGUGAUAGGGAAGGCUGGGUCGACGAUUAAGAAACUGAGGAGUAGGACGAGGACGAAUAUUAAGGUCACUACAAAAGAUGCCUCUGAUCCAACACAUUCGUGUGCGAUGAACUUUGACAACUUUGUCGUGAUAACUGGAGAAUCAGAAGCAGUGAAAAAAGCAUUAUUUGCAGUUUCUGCUAUCAUAUACAAGUUCCCUGCACGAGAAGAGAUUUAUCUUGAUACGACAGUACCAGAGGCCCAUCCAAACAUAAUAAUUCCAUCAGAUAUGUCAAUCUAUCAACAGGGUGGAUUAUAUAAUCCUGCAGAUCCUCUUAUUCCUUCUAGAUCACUGCCCCCACUCCUAAAUGCUACACAUGUUCCAGAGCUUCAGGGUUAUGCAGAUACAGGGAACGCGUGGCCCCUAUAUUCAUCUGCUCUUCCUUUAGUAUCUGGAUUCGGUGUGGCAUCACGGUCUGAGGACUUAGUUGUGAGAGUACUAUGCCCUUCUGACAAGAUUGGUCGUGUUAUUGGAAAGGGUGGGUGUACAAUUAAAAGCAUAAGGCAGACAAGUGGUGCUCGAGUUGAGGUUGAUGAUACCAAGGAUGAUCGGGAUGAGUGCAUGAUCACUGUUACUUCUACAGAGUCACUGGAUGAUCAGAAGUCCAUGGCAGUUGAAGCUGUUCUAUUGCUGCAAGGGAAGAUAAAUGACGAAGAUGUUGACAAUGUUUCUAUACGGCUUCUUGUUCCAUCUAAAGUUAUUGGUUGUCUAAUUGGAAAAAAUGGUUCAAUUAUAAAUGAAAUUCGGAAGAGAACAAACGCCAACAUCUGCAUUUCGAAAGCUGAUAAGCCUAAAUGUGCUGACACUAAUGACGAAAUUGUUGAGGUAGCAGGAGAUCCUACUAGUUUGAGAGAUGCACUUAUUCAGAUUGUUCUAAGGCUUCGAGACGAUGUCUUGAAAGAUAGAGAUGGUGGUCAUAACCUCGCUGUUGGUCCUGAGUCUCUAUUUCCGGGUAGCACUGGUCUCUCUUUGCCAUCUGUCCUGCCUUCUGUCCCCCAGAUUGCACCCUUAGGUUAUGAUCAGAGGGCUGAAAGUGGCUUGGGCAUGCUUUCUUCCAGUGGCCUCUUUGGAUAUGGGUCUCUGCCGAUGAGGGAAGAUGGCUACGGAUCAGUGUCUUCAUAUUCGUCCAAGUUAUAUGGAGGGUUGCCACCCCCUUCAACACUUGAGAUGCUCAUUCCUGCUAAUGCAGCGGGUAAGGUGAUUGGCAAAGGAGGGGCAAAUAUGGCUAACAUUCGGAAGAUAUCAGGAGCAAUGAUAGAGAUUCCCGAGUCCAAAUCUUCCCGGGGUGAUCGUAUUGCUCAUAUAUCUGGUACAGCCGAACAGAAGCGAACAGCAGAGAACUUGAUCCAGGCAUUUAUAAUGGCCACCUAAGUUUUCAGGUGCACCUUGCCAGUUUAAAGGUGAAAAGUAAGAAUCUUGGAAUUUUCUAAUAUGUUUCCCGUCCUUAGACCUUUUUAGGUUUGGUUCUGGAGAAGGCUUCUUUUCUGAACUUAUCUGACAUGGUUCUUCCUGUUCUUUCGCUCAAUUGGGUAUCAAGACUUCUAGAGGCCCCGCAAGGUUCAUGCCUUCCAUCUUUGUCGCCAAAUCUAUUCUUAAUCUAUAAUGUUAGGUUCUAUCUUUCCAGUCGUAUCUCUUCAGUUGUCUUGUCUUUCACAAAGAUAGAGUUCAUCUUAUUUCAGUGUCGUGCUCUAUAAUUUUAUUUUCAUGCCAGAAAUUUAUUCAAUGAUGACAAUAAUUGUCAAUCUUAUAAUAAAUGUAUUUGAUUUCCUUGGCCAUUCAACUCUUUCUCUUGGCUUCUUGCUAGAAGCAUCUUCUCAAUCACUUCGAGUGAAAUUCUCUUGGUAAUUCCAUGUGCUUCUGUAUUUACAUGCACAUCACAGCUUAACCGGAGAGGACUCACUCUUCAAAUAAAGUAUCUACAGCAAAUCUUUUGCAUCUUUAUUCUCUACCUUCCGUGUUCAUCUUGGGCAUGUGAAACAUCAUUGCAAAACCAAAUCUUUGAAUAUCUAUUAUUACCCUAGAUGAUUUCUGUGCUCUUAUCUGCCGUUCUUAACCACAACAUUCGCUGUGCACUUUGAGGAGACUAUUGUAUAGGGAUAUCAUGGACGUGCUCCUGAAUACUCUUCUUUGGCGAUAAAACUUCUUAUUAACCAUAUCUUUCAAUCGUGUGGCUUUGUUGUGUCCUCUAGAUGAUGAGGACUUUGAGUAGCCAUCUAUAUUUUAAUCCAUGAUUGAGCCACUGUGAUCCCAGAACAGCUUAGCUCCUACUCAACUACGCUUGAUGUUCAAUAUUAUCGAUAUUGAAUUUUGAGAGACCAUUACAUCGAUGACAAUAGAACCUUCAUUCGAUCAAGCUAUUUGAUCUUGAAUUGAACUGCUUGAAUAUUUUUGAUCUUUUUCUGGUUGUCAGCUUGGUUAUCAUAUUGUCGUCUGCAAAUUCUUAUUGCUGUUAACAAUGAUUAUUCGUUAGAAGCAACAUCUACUGGAUGGCGUGUAUUAGUUGCUUCCAUAUAGAGGUGUUGCCCAGGAAUAUAGAUAUUCAGAUAGGUUCCUUUACAUGAGCUUAGAGAAUAUGCAUCAAGAAAGGUCACUUGAAACCAAUGCCUUUCCCUUCAUAUCAAUGACGAUGACAAAAUCACGUGAUUUUGUUUUGUUUAGGUACUUUUGGUACUUUGAAAUAGUGUGUUAGCGACUAAAUGACAUGUGAACACGCCAUUGAAAUUCUCUCUUUCCUUCAACGAGUUGCUCAUGGUAUGGCUUCAUUAUGAUCACAGCUAUAAGCUUGUAGAGGUGUGUACCAAGUACUGUCUUUUCUAGAGUUUACUUCAGCGUGAUUUCUGUCUAAGAGUUCGUUGCGUCUCACUUUCUCUUCAGUCGUGCUACUGUCUUAAGAUAAUCAAAAUAUUUUUGUGAAGUCUAGAUUUUUGGUAGGUAUAGUUCAAAACUGUUUGAAGAAAUCUGGGUGUUUCCCUGCUAAUGAGGGGUUAUGUUGCGUCUGUGGUAUACAAUAGUGUGGCCGCAUUGUACUGUCUAUUGAUUGCUUGGUUCCAAAAAUGAAUUGUGGUGCUUUGACAUGGUAACCAUUGGAACGUUUGUAUUCUAUCAUUUGGGAAUAGAAAGGGCAGCAGGACAGGUUUUGGAAGGGUAUGCGAAAAUGUGUUGAUCACUGAGCAACUUUUUUUUUCCUGUAUUGUAAACAAUCUUGUGAGUUUAUUAGUUAAUAAGCGGUCUAUAAAGCAUACAUGGCAACAUGACCAGUGCUUGUUGAUGCUUGAUUAUGAAAUAUUGAUUGUUGAUAUAUGGAAAUGGUAUGUUGCUCUGAA